AUGGAAGAGUCUGAAGGUUCUGAAUGGCAACGCGAGCCGUUACCCAAUUUUUUGAGAAUUCCGGGGCUACAAAAUUUUAUCAAGGAAGUUUACAAGGGCAAGAAGGCCGUGCCGUAUCCACAAGAUGUUGGCCUCCAUAAUUUUGAAUUGGAUCUCGGCGAUGCAGCCUAUGAUUUCGCUGUAUUGGAUGGACCUGUUAAGGAAACAUGGGGAGAUUUGACUCAGUGGUUCAAUGCAGAACAUGGCUACGAUGGUACCUUGCCAAAAAUAGCACCCCCGAAAGAAUCCGACGAGCUCGACAUACAGCCAGAAUAUAAUGAUUUGUUUUGGGAGAAUCACAGCAUUGACUCGAUUGCAAAACGAAUUGCAAGUAAAGCGCGGGACGAGAACUCAGAUCCCCCCAUCGAUUUUUAUCAUAAACCAAAGCCUUUCUUGCGUGGCUUGAUUGAUUUCCAAAAUAUCUUUGGUCACGGGGCUACCGAAGACCCUCUCGAUGAGUAUAGUAAGCAAAAUCUGCGCGAGGAUUUGAUUGCUGCGUCGAUGUUUCAUCAUAUUGCGACGACGAUUUUGAGGAAUCCUUUCUUCUUCUUGGAUGAUGUAAAAAAAAUGAUUGGGACAGAAGACGGUCCGCAUAAUCCUGUUGACAAAUUAUAUCAUGACAUCCUCCAGUAUGAAUCUCUACAAAACCAGCUUGUCGCCAAAUCUUUCCGGGCGCAUACGCUUAGAUUACUUAGGCCCCAAGAGGAGUAUAGCCAUAGUAAGAGCAUUGCAGCCAGAACAAAUGGUAAAAUUCGGAGAGUAGCUCAAGCUCGAGCAAAACAAUGGUUGAGAAGCGAAGCACAGGAUCUUUGGCUGCCGACCACAGAAAAAAUCGACGAACAUGAAGUUGAGAUUCUUUACGAAAGAGCUGCGGAAUUAGCAGUUGCGGUUGCUUCCAUGACAUGGACGGAUAUUCAAAUUGAAACACUAGAUAGUUAUACGCCUUUGCCACACCCCACUAUUCCUUGCCUUCCUUUAUCAUUCUGGAAACACUACAAAGCCGACCCAGCUUUGCAUCAUAUCUCCGACAUGUCGAAGUAUCUUUUGGGAGACAUUCCCGUGCCACCACAAGACUUAAAGGAACUAAACGAGCUCGAAAAGCAAGUUAAACUAGUCAGGUGUAGACUUGUCAUGUAUGUGCAUAUUCAACAUCCUGAAAAUCUCGAUCCAAAACAACCGUAUCUUGAGGUCGAAGGGUACCCGUUCCUAGACGCGGCCCAGGUUAAAGAAUGUCCAGAACAGCUAUAUCUGGAGUUACCAGAAUUGGAAAAGCAAGAGCCUGAUCCCCGGAAGCUAGAAAGAAUCUACAGCGAUGAGGACUUGCCCAGACGACCCCCGAUACUGCGUGGCAUGUUUGGAGAAAAAGUCACUUGGCGUAAGGUGUGGAAGUUUUACAAAUGGCUCUUCGAUUCCGCUCUCUAUUAUAUCCCGUUUUACGCGGUGGCGCUGGGAGUUCCUUUUGUAGUUGCAUAUGGCUUUUACAGACUUCCCUUUCUUCGGACUGGUGAAGAGGGUCCCUCUCUUCGGACCGAUGAAGAGGGUCUCCCUCUUUCGACUGAUAAAGAGUAUCUUCAUCCUUGGAAUGAUGAAGAGGGGGUAGCUUGGCGGUUUUUGCCUAAUAUUCGGAAUCUAAAUUCCUCUUGGCGAGAUGCAUUGUCCUCAAACUUCUUCAGGAUCCUCGGCUGGCUGGGGAUCUUAAAAUUGUAUGAUCUAGCGAUGACUGCUCUCUAUAAUCUUUUCGGUCGAUGUUUUGGAAUCUUUGCUUAUGGGUGGGGAUUGGCCCUUCAUUCCGUCACAACUUCGAGAGAAUUUAUGUCUGGCUUGUAUGAUGCCACCGCGGGAUAUAUCGUUUCCACAACAAUAUGGAAUCUCCUAAUUGAGAACCAGGAAUUCGCAAAAGGCUUCCUCACUUGUUUUAUAAUGGUUGUCAUCCUAUAUUUUCAGGCGGACAGGCUUUUUGUGGGAGCGCCAGGUCUACCUCCAUGGUACUUACGUCCGCUCACGGGUGUUCUUUGUAUUUGCCAGUCGUUAUGGUUUGAUUCUGUAAGACGCAUGCUUUCGGGUUUUGCUGGUUACGUAUUAGAUGUGCCGAAAACUGUGAUGGAUAUGUUCGGGGACUCAUUUCAUCUCCCAGAAACCUUCAACUGGGUGUUAGAAUGGAUUUCUGGAAUUGGUGGCGACACGAGCGUCUCUAUCAUACCAGAAUUCGACCCAAGUCAGGCUGGGAUUUCCAUCAUACCACAGCCAGAGCCAGGAACAAGCGAUGGUGUUCCACAACCUUUUCAAUUGAGCCCAGAUGCGGAAAACACGCUUUCAGAAUCAACACUUGGAAACGUGUUGACGGGGUCAAAACUUGGGGGGGCAAUACUAAUAUCGAAUCUUUCAAAAGAACAAGGUUUAUCGAGUAUCGCUGAAAUGCUAGAGCGGUCGGAACUUGGCCGAAUAUUAGGAUUAUUUGGAUUUAGGAAAUCGGUCGUAGGAAGAGGACCCAUCGAGCAAUCUUUGAAAGGGUCUUUGCUUGGAUACAUAUUAACAGGGUCUGAUACCGAAAAGAGGCUGGUAACUACAACGCUAGGAGCAACAUUAGCAAAAUCGGACCUUGCAGAAAUGUUUGCAGAAUCAGAAAUCGCGAAAUCGUUACCACAAUCAGAGCUCGCAGGUCGAAUAACCGAAGCCUUAAACAUAGAACUGGGCUUGGAGGGGCCCGCGCAGAAAAUACCGUCUGUACCAAUGCUUGGAAAAGUACUAACAGGACUCAAUCUGGCAGAAACGCUAGAAGGGUCAUUGCUUGGAAAGAUAAUAACGGGAUCAACUUCGGGACCUAUUCUUCCAAUAGGCGCUCUUACUGCGUGGGAAGGACUAACACCACCAAUACCAUAUCUUCCUAGAACACUUGUCAUGGAGGUAGAACCUUAUUCGCAGAUUAUCACGAAGAUAGUGACAAUAGUCAUGAAGCCGAUAACGACGAUUCUCAGCCCUUUCCAAAUGAUAGUAACGAGAAUAGUUUCGGUAAUGAGGAAAGCACCAAUGAUAGAAUCUCUUCUUCCAAUGGUGGCAACAGUAGCGAAUGAAGCUCUGAAGCCAUUCGCUCCGGUAAUAGGUUUCUUGAGCGGUGUCUCCUAUAACGGUACCACCGAGCUAUCAACUCACGUGGUGUCGGGACAUGUUCAAAAAACUGGCACACCAAUAGCGGAAUCUGUUCUCCCAAUAAUAGCGAAAGCGUUCACAAUGAUUUUGAAGCCAGUGGCAUCAUUAGUGGCCAUGUUCUCUGGGUUUUCCUUCCCUGAUUCUCCUAUCACAUACUUAAAAAUUACUUUCAAUCCAACCAUCGUGUCAUUCGUCAUCGCUUGGAUAUUAGGUCCCGCGUUUGUAUGUGGCUUUUACAUAGCUUUACGGCGCUACAUAAAUGCCUGGGGUCAGGCAGAUCGCGACAGACUUCCCCAUAAGUGGAAUCUUCCACGACCACUGAUCAUGAUACUUGAUCUACUCACCUAUGUCUUUCGUAAACUUCGCUCAGCUUAUCACAUUUUCCUUCGAUUUCUCGGUGCAUUGGGUCGUUUAAUCAAAUAUGUUUUUCGUCCAUUUGUAUUUCUCCUUCGCCCAUUUAUAUGGCUUUACGCCUUCAUUGCCCCUGUUCUUCGCCCAUUUAGAUGGUUAGGCUACCCAUUCGUGUAUGUUUAUCGUCAGAUUACCAGAGUGGGUGUUUAUACCUGGCGAUUAAUACCAUCAGGACGGUAUCUUCUCCUCCAAGUUUUGACUUUGAUCGUAUUUGUAUUAUAUAUUGUUUUUCCUCUAUUGGAAUAUGCUUAUUGGCUGUUCGCUCUAUUCGAAGAUUUCCGUCACCCAAGGCCUCAACUGCCCCAAAUACCAUUCAUCAACGGAAUAGUCGGGUUUGUUAUUCGCGUAUACGAAAUGGUUCUCCAACUAUUCGCAGACAUAAGACAGAAGUUAAUAGAUUGGUACAAUUUCUUACACUUGAAUGCCUUUGCUCCCAUCCAAGGGGUAAUCGAUGCAACAUUAUUCUUAUACAGACAAAUUGCUCGCUUCUGCAACUUCUUUUUCCGCACCUCGAAAUUGGUUUAUUAUUGUACGGCUUUUCUGAUAUAUGUAAUGUUUGGAUGGGACACAGCAGUCUUCUUUGCCCCUGGACAAAAUCCAGAAAUUCUUUUGGCUCUCCGAGCUAUCCGCGCUCAUCUCUGGAAGAGCCCUUUCGCUGCAGUUAGAGUUCCUGGUCGGAAAGAUGAUUUGGCCUAUCAUCAUUUCCCUGGGUUUGCCCAGGGUCGUCAUCGCUCUCUUCCUCAUCCACAAUGGUUUCCCUAUUUCCAUUUGCUGAUUGGGGCAUCUAUUGGCAUUUUUAUAUACUUGACCACAGGUCAUCAUCCUAGUGGCCCUAAUUCUCUUCUUCAAACCAGUGAUUUGAACUCGACCUUGGAUAAAUUGAUAGAAACUUGA